AGGUAAAUGUCAAUUAGCAUUUAUUUUUAAUAUGCAGUUUUUUUGCGGACUUUUUCAAUAUUUUUGAAAGUUUAAUCUUGAUAAGCAGCACUAGCUGGAUAUUUGACACAAUUUUGCAUAUUAAAGCAGCCAAUAUAAUGUUGAUAUUUCUAUUAUCUUGUGCUUAAUUGUCUUCUAAACAUAUUUUCUUUGUUGAAUGAUUAUUUGCAGCACCCAAGUACAAGAGGCAACCAUAUGUUUCUUGGAAUAGAGAGAUGGACAAUCAUUUGGCAACAAUUUUGACUGAUCAAAUGGCUCAAGGAAACAAAUGUGAUGGUGAUACUUGGAAGGCCCAAGCUUUACAUGCAGCUGUGACGUAUUUGAACUCAAAGUUACAUCUUAACUUGACAAAGGAUAACAUAAAAAAUCGACUCAAAAUUUGGAAGAAAUCGUUUAAUGUUGUGUCAGAUAUUCAGACCAAGCAAAGUGGUUUUACAUGGGAUGAAGUACGCAAAUUGAUUGUUGUCACAUCAGAUGAAUGGAGCUCUUGGAACUCAUAUGUUGAGUCGCACCCCGAUGCAAAAGGUAUGCAAAAUAAAAUGAUAGAAAAUUGGGAUGAUAUUAUUCUUUUGUGUGGAAAAGAUAGAGCAACCGGUCAAGGAGCUGAAACUUUUGAUGAAGGUGUAGAAGCAAUAGGUGAAGAAGAUGAAAUUGAAGUGACUUCAGCUCCUAUAUCGGGAUCAAGAGUACGACCAUCAAGUUCGACAGAUUCUAUGAAUGAUAAGAAAAAAAGACCAAAGAAAGAUUCUUUAGCUGAAGUUGUUAGUGCAAUAGCUACUUCAUUCCAAGAGUUUCUAGCUAGUAAAAGGAAAGGUGAGGAGAAAUCAAGCGGCAUUGAGAUGCAUGAUGUUGUCUCAAUGAUACCUGGGCUAACCGACGAUGAAGUUUUUAAAGCUGUUCGAAUGUUGAUGAAUGGAAAUGAAGAAGAAUUUAAUUUGUUGAAAGCUCUACCGGAUGAAAAGAAAAAAGAUUGGAUUUACUUUCUAAUUUACUCUUAAUUGUUUUGAUUUGGAACUCGAUUUAGUUAACUCGAUAAACUAUGCAAAUUUUCUUUUAUGCUGUAAUGGAGUUUUAUGAACUAUUUUUCAUUUUAGAAGACA